GUGUUGUAUAAAUGUGGCGAGACAAAUCGAGGCGUUGAAAUUUUGAAUAAUACUAAGACUUGGAUAAAUGCCGUCGCUUUGAUCAUUUCUUCUCUGCCUGAAUCCUACGGCAAGGUUUUACCGCAACUUAUUUCGGAAGUUCUCACCGCUGAUCUUGCAGUAAAAGAUGUCACUCCAGUUACAGCCAGUUUUUCGCCCGAUGCUACGAUGGCGCCAUCGUCGUUUCCAUAUUCGUUCUAUAGUUUCCAGUCCAACGCGGAUGCCUGCGCCUUGAUAUUGCCAGACCUGGUUGUGGCUUUUACAAAUGCGGUCUGGUAUCAUUCUAGUUUGGGCCAUCUUUCGCUUAUCCCAAGAUUGUUGAAGGAAAAUUUCAAGCCUUUAAUUCACAAUGAAGCACAGUUUCUGUUCGUUUGUCGACUGCUUGGACCAUUUUUGUAUCGUUUCUACACGGAGAAACCAAGAUGUUUGCUCGAGAUUGCUAAAGAGCUGUACGCCAUCUUGGAUGUGGUCGACAAGAAAUGUGUUCAUCUUUAUCACAUCGACACCAUAUGCGACUUUUUUUUAUCAUAUUAAGUACAUGUUUGUUGGGGAUUCUAUAAAACAGGAUAUUCAACACUACAUAGCCAGUCUGAGACCAGUACUACAAGAUCGUAUGCAGUUCAUAUCACAUGUUGCUGGGCAUGCUCGCGAGGAUACUGCCUCUGUCUCGGGGUAACGCGGGCGCAUGAUAAACGAAAUGAUGACAAAACUAUGGUACUUGGCAGAAAAAAUCGAGAAGAUAGCUGCAUGUUCAAGGCUAUUGCAGCCGCGUUAGUGGCGAUCUUGCAAAUCUGCCGUCGUAGAUAUUAUCUGGUGUUAACCAGAUUUGACUUGUCAUAUAGUACGAAUAGUAU